AUGGAUUCACAUGGUGGUCCGUACCUCAACAUGAGGGCACUCUGCUCACCUCUGGGUGCUGCCCGUCUCUGUCAGUUAGCCAUGGGCUGUGCUGUGAUCGCCAUGGUAACCCACAGUGCUGGCUACAGCGGUUCCCAGGGUGUGUUCUGUAUGGCGGCGUGGUGUUUCUGUUUCGCCAUGUCAGUUCUGGUGUUCUUCUUGGAUGCUACUCGUCUCUACAGCUGCCUGCCCAUAUCCUGGGACAACCUCACCGUCACAUGUGCAGCCUUCGCGACACUCUUGUAUGUGACAGCCUCUGUGGUCUACCCCCUCUUCUUUGUCCGAUCUGAAUGCCCCUACGCCGGCUGUGAUGUCAGAAACUUUCGCAUUGCUGUGACCGUCUGUUCCAUCCUGGGUACUCUGGCCUAUGGGGCUGAAGUGGCCUUGUGCCGAGCCAGGCCAGGUCAGACUAUGGUGGGCUACAUGGCCACCGUCUCUGGUCUCCUCAAAGUUGUUCAGGGCUUUGUAGCCUGUAUCAUCUUUGGAGCUUUGGCCAAUAGGAGCGAAUAUUCACGUUAUGUUGCCACAAUCUACUGCGUUGUCGUCUAUGCUUUCUGCUUUGUUCUGACUACACUGGUGGUCAUAAUGACCGUGUGUGGGCGGACCAAGGCCGUGCGCUGCAUGUCCUUUGAUCGCUUCGUGGUGGUGUGCACCCUACUGGAGGUUCUACUCUACCUGAGUGCAUCAGUGGUGUGGCCGGUGUUCUGUUUUGACACUAAAUAUGGUUCCCCUGAGCGACCGUCAUCAUGCCCUCAGGGGAGGUGUCCAUGGGACAGCAAAGUCGUGGUGGCAGUGUUCUCCUUCGUCAACUUUGGACUGUAUGUGGCGGACCUGAUCUAUUCCCAGAGGAUACGAUUUGUCUCCUCACAUGCGCGCACUAACUCUCGGGCGUAG